AAGUUCCAGCACAACAUGAGGGCAUCGUGUGCAAUUCUCUUGUUGGCUUCUGCCUUUGUCUUUGUCAGUGGAAGUCCCACUUGGAUUGGGCAACCACAGGGUAAUCGUACUGAACGUUCUGAUAGAAUCGUCAAUGGCUAUCCAGCCUACGAGGGCAAGGCUCCCUACAUCGUCGGACUGUUCCUGCUCACGGACGGCAGCAACAGCGCAGCCGUAGGUGCUGGCACCAUAAUAUCCAAUACUUGGGUUCUGACAGCUGCCCACUGCCUCACAACGGACUCUGUGGACAUCAACUACGGUUCCAACUGGGGCUGGAAUGGUCAGUACAAGCACAAUGUCAGAAGGGACAACUUCAUCCUCCACCCAGGCUUUGGCAACUCGGCUGGCCACGACAUCGGUCUCAUUCGCACUCCGUACGUGGACUUCACCAACGUUGUGAACAAAAUCCCUCUGCCGAAGUUUGACCAACAGGGAGAUCGCUUCGAGGGCUGGUGGUGCGUCGCCUGCGGCUGGGGAGGCAUGGACAAUGGCAAUCUCGCCGACUGGCUCCAGUGCAUCGACGUGCAGAUCAUCAGCAACAAUGAGUGUGCCCAGUCCUACGGCUCUGUGGCCAGCACCGACAUGUGCACCAGGCAGUCGGACGGAAGAUCUGUCUGCGGUGGCGACUCUGGUGGCCCUCUGGUCACACAAGACAAUCCCAUGCUCGUUGGCGUGAUAACCUUUGCCUCCACCUCCUGCAAGAAUGGACCUUCUGGCUACACCCGUGUCACCGAUCACUUGGAAUGGAUUCGCGACAACUCUGGAGUGGCCUACUGCUAAUAUGAGAUCUGUUCUUAAAAUAAUUU